AUGGAAGCAAGUCGUAUUACAGUUGUUGAACCAGUUGUGAGAAUUCCAAAAUCAGCUCAAACUAUUCAUUUGCUCAAAAAAGAAUUAAAUAGAAUCGAAAAACAAAUCUCUGAAAUGUCCGCUUGUGAAAAGAGUGUUGAAUUUAAAGAGUUGUAUCUACUUACUGAAGAGAGAGAUAGAAUUAGAGACGAAAUAAUUACAAACUAUUCUGGAAAAUUAAGUGAAUUUGAUAAGGACAACAAGGAAUUGUUGGAACAAGUUGAGAGAAUGGAAGAUAACAUUAGAGAAAAUGCAACAAAUCUUGAAUGUUUUCAAAAUAUUAACAAGUUGAAAUUGAAAAAGAAAGAUCUUUUAAAAUCACUUGCCUUAAUUAAGGACGACAUUGAUGAAAUUGAUUUGGAAAAGGACGAAAUUGGACUUCAAAUUAAAAAGCUUAGAAAAAACAAAAUUGGAACAAACAAUGAAGAUAUUGAAAGAUUGGAGAAGAAACUUUCUGAAAUGGGAAAAAAGAUUUCCGAAUUGAAUGAACAAAAAACAGAAAUUGAACAGAAUUUAAUGGAAUUGAUUUCAACAUUCCCAGAAAUAAUUGUAGAAAUGAAACAACCACUAACAGCAGAUGGUGUUGUUAUUUCAACAAGCAACACACCUGAAGAAAAAUUCAGAAUAUUUGCACUUCAAAACUCAAUAUUUCUUUUUAAUACUCAAUUUUCAAAUUAUACAAUCAUGGGAACAGUUCAUAGUGGAUUAUCAGUUGUCUACAAAUCAAGCAAGUCAAACAAUCAAGUGGUUAUUCUUAAAGAAAUUUCACUUUCUCAAUCAACAGACAAUAAUUGUGAUGCUAUUAUGAAUGAAAUUAUGAAUAUUGUAAGAUUGAAAGUACAUUCAAGAAUUAUCAAAUUGAAUGGUGUGUUCAUCGAACCUAAUUUUAAUAAGAUUUAUAUUGAAACGCCAUAUUAUUCAAAUGGAAAUUUAUUGGAAUAUGUCAACAAGAUUAAACCUCAACACGACACUAAAACUUUGAAAAUCAUGUUGAGAAGUUUAUUUAGAAAAAUCACGGAAACACUUCAAUUUAUUCAUUCCAAAGAUAUUCUUCACAGAGAUUUAAAACCUCAAAAUAUUUUGGUGAAUGAAAAUGGAGAUUAUUUCACAAAUGAAAAUCCAAUUACUGUCGAAUUACUUUCUACAUCAAAUCAAAAACUAGAUAGCUCCGAAAAGUUAUCAUUGUGGCAGGCAAGAUUGAAAAAACUCAAACAACUUGCGUUAGCCCGAAGAGAAGGUUAUUUAGUUUCACCUAGCAACGAAAUUAGAUUUGACAUAGACAGAGAAAAUUUAUUGACAGAUACUUCUUUAACUGUUGAAAAAGUCAUGACUAAAGAUAACAACUAUUCAAUAUUUUACAAAACAUUUGUAAAAUUUAAGGAAGAGAAAGGGAUAGACGUAGGAGGUUUGUCAAAUGAACUCUAUUCCAAAUAUACUGAAUCCAUGUUAAUGGAAAGCAAACAUUUUCAAAAGAGUGAAACAUCUUCCAACGAAAAUUUCAUUCUAACUGAUGAACCACUCACAGAUGAAUCAAGAAUUCAGUUAAAGGCCUUUGGAUGGUUAUUGAAAAAGUUAUUAAUUGACUGUGACGACAAGACAGUUUAUCUUCCAUUGAAUAGUUUUAUAUUCUAUUAUUUAUUGAAUGGUGAUAUAAUUUAUAAGAAACAAGCACUACACAUCAAUGACAUGAUCUUGACACUUUCAAAAUUCUUGAGAGAAUAUGAUUUUGAAUUAGAUAAUCAAAUUAUGAAUCUGAGAAAAUGUAAGAAUGAUAAGGAAUUACAAUCUAUUGCAUAUGAAGAAACGUUCACAGAUGUUUUAUCAAAGACUGAGAAACCACUUAUUAUGGACAAUAUCCAUCUCUAUAUCAUUUCUCAAUUACAUCCAUACUUUUACAGUGCUAUAAGAAUGGAAAAAUUGAAAUUAAUCAAAGAAGGAUUUGAUUGGUUCAAUUUGAAACAAUUCAAAACUCAAUUGAUUUGUAGUUUUAGUAUUUCAACUGAAUCUGAAUUGAGAGAAUUUUUCCACCUUCAAGGACCAAACUUUGUUGAACAAGAUUUGAGUGUGAAUGAAUUGAAAAUUCUCCUAUCAGGUCAAUCAUAUAUUGAUGAUGAUUUAUUGUUAAAUGAAAUUAAUUUCUAUUUUGUUUCGGAAACUAUGAAAGAUUUCCUCACUAAAUGUAUAAGAAAAUUAACAAAUAGUCAAUUGAGACAAUUACUUGUUUGGAUGACAGCACUUUCAAGCAUUCCGAUUAGAGGUUUUUCAAGAAAGAUCUCAAUUCGUGAGCAAAAAAGAUUUGAAGCCCAUACAUGUUCUUUCUCAUUUGAUAUUCCUUCACAAAUAACCACUUAUGAAGAAUUUGAAACACUAUUCAUGAAUUGUUUGAGAUUGUCAUCUGUUGCAACAAUGGAAGAUUUCAAUGAUACGGAGAACACUUUGGAGAAUUAA